CCUCGGGCCGCCCCCGCCGCCGAGCGGGCCCGGGGAUAAAGUGGCAGCGCAGACGCCGCGCCCUGUCGCCGCGGAGCCGGCGGCGCGCAGCUCGGCCCGGCUCUGGCCCGCCGCAGACGAGGACCCGCGGCGCUCGGGGAACGCGACAGCGGCGCUCGUGGCCCCGGACUUGGAGAUCCUUUCAGAAUGCCGGAGGAAAGUUCUCCCAGGCAGACCCCACAGAGCGUUCCAUACCAGGACCUGCCUCACCUGGUCAAUGCCGAUGGACAGUACCUCUUCUGCAGGUACUGGAAACCUACGGGCACACCCAAGGCCCUCAUCUUUAUGUCCCAUGGAGCCGGGGAGCACUGUGGCCGCUAUGACGAGCUGGCUCAGAUGCUGGUGGGGCUCGAGCUGCUGGUGUUCGCCCACGACCAUGUUGGCCAUGGACAGAGCGAAGGGGAGAGGAUGGUAGUGUCUGACUUCCACGUUUUCAUCAGGGAUGUGCUACAGCACGUGGAUAUCAUGCAGAAAGACUACCCAGGGCUUCCUGUGUUCCUGCUGGGCCACUCCAUGGGAGGUGCCAUCACCAUCCUUACAGCCGCAGAGAGACCGGGCCUCUUCUCCGGCAUGGUCCUCAUUUCGCCUUUGGUUCUUGCCAGUCCUGAGUCUGCAACAACUUUCAAGGAUUAUCCGAAGAGCGUGGUGAAAAUGGCAACGAGAGUGGCAUUCUCUUCAAUUUCAACUUCUUAUUGGGUCUUUGCUGCGAAAGUUCUCAACCUUGUCCUGCCAAACAUGUCCCUGGGCCCAAUCGACUCCAGCGUGCUCUCUCGGAAUAAGACGGAGGUCGACAUUUAUAAUGCGGACCCCCUCAUCUGCCGGGCGGGACUGAAGGUGUGCUUCGGCAACCAGCUGCUCAAUGCCGUCACGCGGGUGGAGCGGGCCCUUCCCAAGCUGACCUUGCCCUUCCUGCUGCUCCAGGGCUCUGCCGACCGCCUUUGUGACAGCAAAGGGGCCUACCUGGUCAUGGAGUCCUCCAAGAGCCAGGACAAGACACUCAAGAUUUACGAAGGUGCCUACCACGUUCUCCACAAAGAGCUUCCAGAAGUAACCAACUCCGUCUUCCACGAAAUAAACAUGUGGGUCUCCCAAAGGACAGCAGCCGCGGGAAAGCGGUCCCCGCUCUGAGCGAACUAGCUGUGUGACCUGCCCACAGCCGGUGGGUCGGGGAAGUGGGCAGAGGAAGGGCAGAAGCUGGCUUGUCAGAUGUGGCUUGCAGGGGGCAGGGGUGGGGAUCACAAAUCGGAGGGAUCCCUGGCACAAUUUACUUUAAAACAAGACAUCCUUGUCAUAUAUCAGGCUGUCACUGGAUCUACAUUAAGGGAUAGACACUUCAUGCACAGAGAAGGGCCACAGGCAAGUUUCCCAGGGAGAGAAUGUGCUCAAAUGUCCUUAAAACCAAGCGGAGCCUCUGCCCUGCCUCUCCCAGCCCCCACAAGGUUCCCAGGAAUCCCUGGUGUUUCCCCGGACACCUGACCGCAAUAAUCAGAGGAGUCUCCCCUCCUGCCCUCCCUUCCAGCCCCCACCCCAAGACCCUCCCCAGCUGGCCUCGCUCUGUGGCCUUUCUCUGGCCGUGGGACAAGGUGGCAGGCGUCACCUCCCCUGGGCAGUCUCACGUGCCCCCCGAGGCCCAGACAAUGCCCAGGACUUCCUUGACAUGAGGAGUCACCCAUGACCCAUGUCAGCUCCUCAUCAGCCUGGAGCUGGGCUUUGGGAUGGGAGGAGGCUUGCCCUGGAAAGAGAACGUGGUCAGGAAUCCCCUCCUUCCUGCCAGGGAGCCUGGCGGGCGCCCGCUGAGUGCUUUACAUAUUCGGGGGCCCGCCUCCCCUCACAUGACUAAUUUGACCUGACACUCAGAGAGGGAGUGUAUUCAAGAUGAAGCAUCUAAUAUAUACUGUAUAUUCUAAAGCAGAGACUCUUUGGGUGGGUGGGUGGGUGGGUGGGACCGAGGGGGGCUUGAAGCUAUGGGAGCCUGAUGCCCCCGCACAGGAGGGGGACAUGGUGGGAGGGCCCUGGUUAAGGCGCUAAGGUGCAACCCCCGGAAAGCGGGGCCCUGGAGCGCCAGCAGUGGGAGGUUACGGGCCCAUCCCUGGUCCGGACCCACAGCCGCCCUGGGAGCCUCGGUGCUGGCGGCAUAGCCACCUCUGGUGGCAGAACGAGAGAGUCCCGACUCGGUGGCCCUGCCCAGGACUGCAGGCCCCCGAGGCCACAGCGAGGCUGGCCCCGGGCGACGUUUCCCAGCAGAGGGCCCAGCAGCGCCUGACCUGCCCUUCUCAGGUGCCGACCCCCGAAGGCCCGCCCGUGGCCCUCACUCAGCGCCAGCAAUAAACGGGGAUCACCGCCCACUGCAGAGUACUUUCACUUUCAAGCGGGGCUGCUGUUACCUCAUGAGGCUCUUCGUCAACCAGGACCCCGGGUGGGGGUGGAACCGUUGGGGGGCACCCACUCGGCCGCAGGGUGCAAUCCGGGAGCCCCAAGGCCCCAGAUGAGGCGGCUGCUCCCCUGCCAGGCCCUCUGACUUUGGAGACUGGGAGUUGGGGCUCCCACCCCUCUUCCUUCGGCAGUGGGAACCGCUGCCUCUCACCCCCUGUUCUUCCGAGGCUUGGUCUGGGUGUCCGGAGCGGGGCAUCCCUCACGCUCUCCGUCCGGGGGCCCUGACCCCACCACGGCGUAGCCAAGAGCGGGGCACCCUCCUCCGGUGGGCAGACCCCGACCCCCAGCUGAAAGUCAUGCUCGCCCGGGGGCCGGGGUUUGUACUCUCCUGCCCCUCCGGUGGGGGAAGGGCACGGGCAGGGCCCACGUUCCCAUGGAGGGAGGCUUUCAUUGCCCUGUCUUCCUUCUCUGGCUUCUCUUCGGGGGAGAAAAAUGUAAAAAAUGCACUGAGAGAGAAGGUCAGCCCUGGCCUGUUCAAGCUGGGCCACUGGUGAGUGUCUCUGCUGCUCAGCGGAGAAGCAGAAACUCUCCCCGCAGACCCCCAAGCCUUGAGACGCCCCUGAACCCAGAUCUGGAAUUCUUGCCCGGAGCUGUGAUAGCGCGGGUCACACAAAGUCCCCACGCCCUCCCAUCCCCACGGCCUCUCCGAGAAGCGUGUGCCGGCCAGGCUAUUUCCCAAAUUAAAUAUCAGGCACGUGGUUUGACUGGGAAUCUUUUGGAUGCAUGAGUUUAUUUAUAUGAAAGCUCUAACAGAGAUUAUACGAAAGCUCUAAAUCAGUCACAUUUGCAUAUCUGGUUAAAGACUCACCUAUAUUAGAACAAAGAAUUAUUUGGAAGCAGGAGUGUCUCCCAAUCUAGGAGGGGACGGGGACAUUGACAGGCCACCCCACCUGCUGAAUAGGAGCAGGGGUGGGAGCUGGACACCAGCUGUGUCUGGAGUCCCACGCGGGGCCACGCCAGUGCCACGUGCCCGCCUGUCCUGGGACAGCUGUGUGAGUCUUGAACUGAGUUCGUGCUCAGUGUUGACGGCUCCAUGCUCCAUGCUGACAUUCGGAACUUCCAAGUCCUGCCUUCGCCACGACGAAGAGCUGGGUCUGAAAGGGAAGGAAGCUGGGUCACACGUGUCCCGGCCUCGAGCAGGUGGGAAGAUGGAUUCUGGAGAUGCGACGGGACGACCUGUCGGGACACUAGGCCCCAGCGCUGUCGUGGAUGCAGCACCUUCCCCCUGUAACUCGGAGGUCACGCCAGUCCGUAUGGAAAUGGGCUUCAUGGCUGACAGUCUUUCUGGGAAGAGAUGCCACCUGUAAGCAGGAAGAGGGGGACGCUGCUCCUUGGCAGGGAGGGGGGUGGAUGGUCUCUGGCCCUCCCAUCCAGCUUCUGGGGGGCAUGGGGGCUCGCAGUGAGAGCACUGAAGGAGGCCACAAAAACCCGCCUGCUCUGCUCCGCACCCGUGGCAAGGUCCCACGCUACGUUUUCUUUCUUUCACAAAUCGCUAACAUAACCCAUUGGGGUCCCCGUGAUUUUCUAAGCAGUUUACCAGUUACUGUCUGUGUUCAGCCGCAUCCCUACCUGUGUACCGUUACUGGGGACUCGUGAUCAGCUCAGAACUAUCAAAGGAACCAUGUACGCCACAACUAAUCCUAAUAAACCGGAUGUUUUCUGCA